GAGAAGAUUAGAGACAGUUACGCAGAACAGACAAUAAGCUCAUAUGGGCUCACUGUAUAUAAAGCGUUUUAUUUAUCUAAUUAAUUUCUUCAGUCUGCCUCUGUUUGGUGAGCUGAGCAUAAUAGAUCUACAGUAAUAGUAGUGUAUGCAUGACGUACCGGAAAUGACGCAUUGCUGUAGCCAUCAGACAACUUCAGUUACGGCGGCCUGCUCCUUGAGUACACACGCAGGAAUCACUUUACACUUGAGCCUACUGAACUCAGGACAACUUUCAUCCGUUCCAAGACUGAAGAGUUUUUGUGACCCACAAUGCAUAGCAGAGCAGGCUUUCUAAGGUCCGGGCUGCGCCUGAUAUGUAGGCAGCAACAACGGCUCGCUACUGUCUCCCGACAUAUUCUCAAGUCUCCCCUACCAGACGUCGAACUGCCGACCCUCUCUGUACCAGAAUACGUGUGGCAGCAUGUUGACCAGUGGCCCAACAAAGUGGCCCUCGAAUGCGGUGUGACUGGUCGCCACUACAGGUACGCAGAGGCGCGCGAACUCUGUCGGCGGUUCGCGGCAUCUCUGCGCCGGGCCGGUCUGCAGCCCGGCAGUACACUCGUCACUGUGAUGCCCAACACAGCGGAGUGGCCCAUCAUCCUAUUGGGUGCUAUAGAGGCUGGAAUUGUUGUCUCUACUUUUAACCCAAACUUCACGGCUGAUGAACUGUCGCGGCAGUUAAGAGACUGCGAGCCCAAAGCAAUAGUGACACUGUCCACUGUACUCCCCAAGGUGCAGAAAGCCAUCGCACUGGCUGCCAGACAAGUGAAGCCUCUCAUUGUCAUUGCACCGGGAAUUGAACCAGGUUCUCACAUUCCGACUGGGACUGUUGACUUCCGAGAGAUGAUUCGAGAUGGAAUUGAUACUUCAGACUUUCGAUUUACUGGGAACGCCGAAGACACGGCAGUUCUGCCGUACUCAAGCGGGACGACGGGGUUUCCCAAAGGUGUGAUGCUGAGCCACCGAAACAUAGUUUCAAACAUCGCACAGCACAACGAUUCGCCUGAGAUAAGUACCUGUGAGCCCGCCCUAGGUUCACAUCAGGAUGUCCUGCCGGUAAUUAUGCCCUUUUUCCACAUCUAUGGCAUCAGUAUUAUGUUGCUGUCUAAACUAGCCCAAGGUGUCAAGUUCGUGACGCUGCCCAGAUUCGAACCCAACUCCUUCUUCAAACUGCUAGAAGAACAUCAGGCAACCGUACUCUAUUCAGCACCCCCACUCAUUCUAUUCCUGGCUUCGCAUCCAGGCGUGCGGCCGAAGUACCUCCAGUCGCUUCGCCGGGUUGUAUAUGCGGCGGCACCCUUGGGAAGCCUCGACGUGGAGCGUUUUCUAAGGAGGGCACCCCCAAACACUGAUGUACUCCAAGGGUACGGCAUGACGGAGGCCUCGCCCUCGGUAUCACACACGGUCAUCGGCAGCACCAACUACGACUCCGUCGGCGUACCAGUUCCCAACACAGAGAUGAAGAUAGUGGACGCAGAGACCAGAACUGAUCUCCCUCAGGGGGAAAUGGGCGAGAUCUGCCUCCGGGGCCCGCAGGUGAUGAAAGGUUACUUAAACCGACCUGAUGCUACCGCUGAGAUGAUCGACAGAGACGGCUGGUUACAUACAGGCGACCUGGGUUAUUACGACAAGGAGGGUCAUUUCUACGUCGUGGACAGAUUGAAGGAACUUAUCAAGGUCAAGGGCUUCCAGGUAGCACCAGCGGAACUGGAGGAGAUUCUGCGCAGUCAUCCUGACAUUGACGACGCAGCAGUAAUUGGCGUCCCUGACGAGAGGGCGGGCGAGGUUCCAAGAGCUUUUGUUGUUCCUAAAAGAUCUCAAAUCUCCGAAGAAGAUGUGAAGAAAUACGUAGCAGAGAAAGUGUCAGAGUACAAGCAGCUGAAGGGGGGAGUGAAAUUCCUCACCAGUGUCCCUAAGAGCCCUUCGGGAAAGAUCCUGCGAAGGUUGCUGAAAAGCCAAUAGCGAACGAAACCUGUCAAUUAGACCACCACAUGAGUGCGCAGUUCGUGUUGCAGAAAUAAUUCUUAAAAUGGCGAAUGGUCUUUACACAUACUGAACAAUCGGAGAAGUUAGGCAAGUUGAGGGUACAAAAUCUUGGAAGGACCCAGGAAUGCAUUUAAUGGGUGAAAUUUAUGACCUACAUUAUGUCCUCCCUAUCUGUAUAUUUGAGACGAGUUAAGUUCAGAAAAUUAACAAGAAAUUAUGCGAAUAACUAAUCGCCUACUUCUCCUUGUUACGAAAUGGAGCACACAGAAAAUGGAAAAAUAGAAAUACGUACCAUAUGCAGACACACGAACGCAGACACACAGACAGCAAGGCGUUGUCAUAAGCCUCCUUUUAUUUUUGUAAAUAAAGAAAAUAGGCUAAAAAUGCAAGUUGAGAAAAUACUACUACUAUUAAUAAUAAUAAUAAAACGAAUGACUCAAUUCUUGUUUAAUGACGUGCAAACGUAACAGCUAGAGGUCAGUUACAAAGUUAGCACGAGUAUGUAAAUAGAAACAACAAAAGCUUAGAGAUAGAAUAAAAAAUAAGGCAUUUUAUACAAUAACGACGAUAACGAUGAUGAUGAUGAUGAUAGUAAUAAUAAUUCAAUUCAAUUCAAUUCUUUAUUAUUAAUGUGCCGAGUCA